GUGUAUCGUCUCUCGUGUGUGUGACUACAGAAUAAGAAAUUGGAUCGCAUACGGCCAUACCCUGUAAAAGUGUAAAACACUAAAACAGCAGAAGAAAUUGGGUCCUUUUUUAUUGAACUAAUUUUUUUUUACUAAUUCCAGCCUGAUUACGCCACGGCAGGUUCAAUAUUGGCAAUCUGUUUUCCACAUACUAGAAGCAUCUCUUCCGUCGGCAGUUGUUGAGCGAGAGAGAGUGAAUGAUAGUGGCGAGUGCGGCGGUGGCAGUGGUGUAUGAGACGGAGAAAUGCCUGCGUUCUGAUUUCAUUCUCUAACUCUCACUCACUUUCUGUCUCAAAUUCAUUCAUCAGCAAAUUGAUUUCCGAUGAAGAGCGGCGGUGUUGGCGGAGGCGGUGGAGGUAGUACGAAUGGUAUAGGGGUUUCGCAUUCUCAUCCCACAAAGCGAAGAUGGAAAGGCUUCGUAAUAGCAGUAAUGGGACUUGUCAUUCUAUCCAUGCUUGUCCCUCUCGUCUUCCUCCUCGGCUUUCACAAUGCUUUUCACUCUUCCGGAUCCGAAUUUCCGUCUCAACAACAUAGUUCUGCUGAGCAUCUUGCUGUUGAAGGUUAUGAAUCCCACAAAUCUAACGACACGAUAGAUCAGCAUGAUCAAACAAGACAUGUCAAAGAUCUUAUAGAGAGAUUGGCACCUGCAUUUCCAAAGGAGCACGUUGGAAAACAAGAUCAAGAAAUAUCUGUCCAUGAUGGAAUAAAUCGAUCCAUUACUAAAGCUCCUGUGCAUGUUUAUCAACCAAAAGGAAGCCCUGGGCGUCCUGUGGAGAGUGAUGUCCGUAAAGCCUCUCCAGAAAGAAAGAAUGUCAACAUCAGCAAACCCGUUUCAGUAAUUCAGCUAGCGAAAGGUGAUGAAAGUGAAAUGUCAUGUGAAUUGAGAUUUGGGAGCUAUUGCAUUUGGCGUCGUGAACAUAAGGAAGAUAUGAUGGAUUCCAUGGUGAAAAAGUUGAAGGAUCGGCUAUUUGUUGCUCGCGCAUACUUCCCGAGCAUCGCAAAGCUUCCUGUACAUGAGAAAUUGUCGAGGGAGAUGAAGCAAAAUAUACAAGAUUUUGAGCGUAUGUUGAGUGAGGCUACUACAGAUGCUGAUCUUCCCCCUCAUGUUGAGGAUAAGCUGCGGAAAAUGGAAACUGUAAUAGCUAGAGCUAAAUCAGUUCCUGCUGUGGAUUGCAACAAUGUGGACAAGAAAUUUAGGCAACUAGUUGAUCUGACCGAGGAUGAAGCUAAUUUCCACACCAAGCAAAGUUCUUUUCUUUAUCAACUUGCUGUCCAGACCAUGCCAAAAUCUUUACAUUGCCUGUCCAUGAGAUUAACCGUUGAGUAUUUCCACACUUCCUCUGUGGUUAUGGAAGAUUCGGAGACAGAGAAAUUUGUAGAUCCAAAAUUGUACCAUUUUGCCAUCUUCUCCAACAACAUAUUAGCAUCUUCUGUUGCUAUUAAUUCUACAGUUGUACAUGCUAAAGAUAGUAAGAAGCUGGUUUUUCAUGUGCUGACAGACAGACAGAACUAUUAUGCUAUGAAGCUAUGGUUCAUGAGAAAUACGUUCAAGAAAGCCUCUAUUGAAGUAUUGAAUAUUGAAGAAUACAAUGUGAUUCCUGGUUCCUCAUUACCCGAGGAAUUUCGUGUUACCCUACAAUCUCAUAAGCUUCUAAAAAUGCAUUAUGAGACACAAUAUGUUUCCCUGUUUUCACAUUCACACUAUUUGCUUCCGGAAAUAUUCAAGAAUCUGGACAAAAUUGUUGUUCUGGAUGAUGAUAUUGUUGUGCAGCAAGACUUGACUGCAUUAUGGAGAAUCAACAUGGGAGGGAUGGUCAAUGGUGCUGCUGAAAUUUGUGCGGUAAGGUUGGGUCAGCUGGACAAUUAUCUGGGUAAAACCAAUUUCAACCGAAACUCUUGUGUCUGGAUGUCUGGGUUGAAUGUGAUUGACCUGGUAAGGUGGAGGGACCAUAAUAUUACCACAACAUUCAGAAAAAUGGUAGAAGUGCUUACAAAGGAAGGUAGACUGCAUGAAGCUACUGCAUCUAAGGCUAGCUUGCUGACAUUUCAGGACCUGGUUUAUGCUCUUGAUGAUUCUUGGGUUUUGUCAGGUUUGGGUCAUGAUUACGGCCUUGAUCUACAAUUUAUUAAGAAAUUUGCGGUGUUGCAUUACAAUGGGAACAUGAAACCUUGGCUUGAGCUAGGAAUUCCUAAAUACAGAAGUUUAUGGUUUAAGUUUUUAAACCGAGAGGACCAAGUUUUAAGUGAUUGUAAUGUUAUUCCUUAGAUAGAGGUUACAUUAUUCUUUUUGCCUCGGUUGAGGAUUUUGAAGAAUCCUUGUCUGCUAUGACUUCAAAACAUGCAGCCGCGACUAUUAUGAUGGGCUUGUGGGCAUGCUAUAUUCUCUAAAUUUCAUAGUUGAAAUGACAUGAAAUAUGGAUUAUUCUUUCAAGCAACAGAAGAAGAGCUCCUUGAUGAUAGACAGAUAAAAAGCUCCUUAUCAACACAAAUUGCCGGGAUUAAUAACUUGUAUCCCUGGGGACAUCAACAGAUAAAUAUCUGUUCUUAAUGGCAUUUCGCGGGAUUUUCGACUUCAAGACGGUAAAUCACAUCCAAUCCAAUAGUUUGCUAUCCUCAGCAGAUUUGUCCUGUGUAGGUUUUAAUGUAUGUUCAUUUUUUUUAAUUUUUUUUUUUACAUUUUUUAUGUUAGGACUUUGAUUGUUGCUCGGUUGAUUCAUUCUCCGGUGUAUGACUUGUUAUCAUUGAAUUUUUCAGUUGGCAAUCUUUUAUUUAUACAGAAAAAAAAAUUCUCUCUUUGUUUGCAA